AUGUCCAGCCUCGCCAGAUCUGCCAACCUCCUUUUCCGCUCUAGCAGGGCCUCCCUGCUGCGCCCCCGCGCUGUCAACCCCAUCCAGCAUGUCUUCCUCGGCGACAAGCUGGCUGCCCGUGGUAUGGCAACCGCUUUCGAGCGUACCAAGCCUCACGUCAACAUCGGUACCAUUGGUCACGUCGAUCACGGCAAGACCACCUUGACCGCUGCCAUCACCAAGCACCAGGCCUCCAAGGGUCUCGCUCAGUUCCUCGAGUAUGGUGCCAUUGACAAGGCUCCUGAGGAGCGUAAGCGUGGUAUCACCAUCUCCUCUGCCCACAUCGAGUACGCCACCGAUGCUCGUCACUACUCCCACGUCGACUGCCCCGGUCACGCCGAUUACAUUAAGAACAUGAUCACUGGUGCCGCCAACAUGGACGGUGCUAUCAUUGUCGUCGCCGCCUCCGACGGUCAGAUGCCCCAGACUCGUGAGCACUUGCUGCUUGCUCGUCAGGUCGGUGUCCAGAAGAUCGUUGUCUUCGUCAACAAGGUCGAUGCCAUCGAUGACCCCGAGAUGCUGGAGCUCGUUGAGCUGGAAAUGCGCGAGCUUCUUAGCACCUACGGAUUCGAGGGUGAGGAGACCCCCAUCGUCUUCGGCUCUGCUCUCUGCGCCAUUGAGGACCGCCGUCCCGACAUCGGUACCGAGCGUAUCGACGCUCUCCUCGAGGCCGUUGACACCUGGAUCCCCACUCCCCAGCGUGACCUUGACAAGCCUUUCUUGAUGUCCAUUGAGGAAGUUUUCUCCAUCCCCGGUCGUGGUACCGUCGCCUCCGGCCGUGUCGAGCGUGGUCUCCUGAAGCGUGAUAGCGAGGUUGAGAUCAUCGGUACCACCAACGAGGUCAUCAAGACCAAGGUUACCGACAUUGAGACCUUCAAGAAGUCCUGCUCCGAGUCCCGCGCUGGUGACAACUCCGGUCUCCUGCUCCGUGGUGUCCGCCGUGAGGAUCUCCGCCGUGGUAUGGUCAUUGCCGCCCCUGGUAGCGCCAAGGCCAACAGCAAGUUCAUGGUCUCCAUGUACGUCCUGACCGAGGCUGAGGGUGGUCGCCGUACCGGUUUCGGUGUCCAGUACCGUCCCCAGCUGUUCAUCCGCACUGCCGAUGAGGCUGCUGAGUUCAGCUUCCCCGACGGAGACCAGUCCCGCCGUAUCAUGCCCGGUGACAACGUCGAGAUGAUCGUCAAGACCCACCGCCCCGUCGCCGCCGAGGCCGGUCAGCGCUUCAACAUCCGUGAGGGUGGUCGCACUGUCGCCACUGGUCUGGUCACUCGUGUCCUGGAAGAGUAA